UUGGCUGCAUUUUGUUUCGUGUUAUUCCGGGUUCUGCAUUUUGCCAGCGAAGAAACGAAACCAGAAUUGUAUCACAAAAACUCCGAAUUUGUCCAACGCAUUAUCAAUGCAUGCUCACUGCUGACGCAACCAUACCACCCACCUUUCCUUUGGGGAAAGAGUGGACACCUCCAAACCAUCCUAUAUGCCAAACUCGGGAGAGUCCAACCACCAUUACCGAAGGGGGAUCGGAUAGCCCUUCCGAUGCCUGAUGGCGCCACCGUCACUUUCGACGUUUAUGAAUGUCUUGCUGAACAUCCUACAAAAGGCGAUUACACGAUGCUGAUCUGUCCCGGCAUCGCCAACAGCAGUGAAAGCCUGUACAUCCGGACCAUGGUCGAUUACGCUCAAAAUAACGGCUUCCGUGUUUCCGUCCUCAACCACUUGGGGGCGCUGAAAGAUGUCCCACUGACGGCGCCGCGGAUAUACACCUAUGGUGGAACAGAAGAGUAUGAAAUGAUGGUCCACUAUGUACGGGAGACGUAUCCAGAUUCAAAACUAGUGGGUGUCGGCUGCAGCAUGGGUGCAAACAUCCUCACAAAAUAUCUUGGCAUGGACAAGAAAAAUCAAGACUUUUUCAUUUGUGCCAUGUCGCUAUGUCAGGGAUAUGACGUCAACAGUUGUGUUUACCAAAACCAAGCCACAGAUAUCUACAGUCAGGAUAUGAGUUCUAAAUAUCUUUACCAGAGGGUUUGGCCGUAUCUUCUCAAAUGGGAACACCUACGUCGUUUCUAUAUAUUUAUGAUGACCUUGAACCAAAUUCGAGUCAUGAAGCAACAUGCCGAUGUCCUCUUCAGCGAAAAGGCCUUGAAAAAAUAUGACCUUGACCUCGAUAAGAUAUAUGCGAGCACGUCCCUCCAUUACCUCGACGAAGUUUAUUCUCGACGGCGAGCGGGUUUCGACAAUUUAGAAGAGUAUUAUAAGUGGUCAAGCAGUGCAAGUUAUUUACCUAAAAUCGACAUCCCGAUGCUUAUAUUGAACGCACACGAUGAUGUCAUCGUCCCAGAUGUGGUGUUUGACAUCCCACUGAAUCAUGCCUACACCCAUGACAAAUCGCUGUUCGUCGUCACAAAGCAUGGCGGCCAUCUUGGAUUCUUCGAGGGUCAAGAGAAGAAUUGGAUAAUGCCACAGAGCGUUACUUGGUUAGACAAGAUCGUUCUGGACUAUUCUAAUGCUGUGAUAAAUGUUACUGAAUAUGACCACUAGGUGACUCUGUGCAGCGCGGAAAUCAUUUUCUUAAAGGGUUACACCGUAUCUUAUCCUGGGUCAAGAAAAUAGAAAUGCAGUUAUGCACAAUGCCGUGGUCUAGUUAUUAUGCAUGCAAAUUUGCUGAAACUUGGUAUGUAUAGUAUUUGUAUACAUGUGUCUGUAUUCAACGGUGAUUUUGAAACAUCUUUUAGAAAAAGAAAAUGAUUUUUGCCUGCUCUAGAUCUAACUUUGCCUGAAAUAAAUGUGAUAUUUUGUUGAAGAAAAUUGUAGUAUUUUCUACGGGAUGUCUCCACGGUUUAAUUUGUCGCUAUAUGAUCAUGUCUGAAAAAGAAAAAGGACUAUUUUGUUCAUGGUUAUGCCUGGUUAUGAUUGUCAGUUAAAGGGGUACGCCGUUCGUCAUUACUGGUGGUCCAGGAAAAUAGAAAUGCAGUUAUACACAAUGCCAUAGAACAGUUAUCAUGCAUACAAAUUUGAUGAAACUUGGUGUGUAUAGUAUUUGUAUAUCUGUGCACACAACGGCACUAUUGAAAUUUGUAUUCGGCACGUAUUCAAUUCAACAAAUUUCAAUGUUUUUAGGCGGAAGGCGUUUGCCAGUUUGCCUAGUGCGUAUAGAAAUGUGCGAGUUCACCUAUGCGGUCAUGGGCGGACAGUCACCUGAUUAUGUUUCUGCAAGAAAAUAAAUGGAAGUUGUAAGGUUUUUAGAGACACCCUGUAAAUGAAGCUAUUUUGUUGAAGGUGAUAAUUGUUUGUAUGAGCUAUUUGUGAAAAAUUAUGAAACUGAUAGGUUUUCUGGGUGAAAUUGCUAAAUAUUCAAGUGCUUUUUCUCAUGAAAUGGAUUACUGGACCAGUAUCGAUGCUUUCAAACUAUUCUGUUUGCAAUUUAUGACUAAAACUUGCCUUAGUUGUGGGCAUAAGUAUUCUAAACUUUUGUCGCAAAGGUAGUAGACCUAGUAUUUACGUAAAGAUCAUCACUCCCCACAUGGUCUGGAUGGGAAAGUAGAGCCAAUUCCACAAAACCAGUUAAGGAUAUAACCAUGGCAACUGCAGAAUGUUGUAGAUCUUGGCUUGCUUUAUCUGUGCUUAUUUUUCUUUGCCAGAAGUAUUUCCGAUAACAUAUCUACCGUAGUAAAGAGGAGUGCUUCAGUAUUUUUGUCAAUCCAUCCGUGCCAACAGCUUCAACCUUGCAAACUGGGGGUUGCCAAAAAAAUUGUACCCAAUAACAAAACUAAUUGUAACAUUAGACAGCUUGUGAAAAACUUCCCCAAAAUGAUACCCAAUGUGAGGUAGGUUAGGUUAUUUUCACAAAUUUACAAUUGUGACAUUUUGGUCCCCCAAUCUGAGGAUAGAGCAUUUAGCAAACUGUUAAUUAAUUUGCUUAAUUGAUUGAUAUAUUAGUUUUAUGAUUGACAUGAUAAUUGCUUUUAAUCUGUGUUCUUGAAUAGGUGGCUUUUUGGUUAAAGUUGGGCUAAAAAUGUUGUGCUUCAGAAAAUGUACUAAAAUUUGUGUCACUCUUCUUACCAGGAGCCACGAGCUAGGCAUCUUGGCAGAACUUUUGCAACUAGUCACGCACAACCAUUGCUUCAAGUGAUGCGGAGAUCAGUGGAGUAGUGGUAAGAGCACUCAUAAUCAGGAGGACGUGGUCAUAAAAUUACGGUUUACAAUUAUACCAUACUAAACUGGACUACAGCAUUUUUGUCUUAGAUGUAUACUCAGGAAUUAUAUAUAUGUUGAAAUUCACAGUAUUUAUUUAUUAAGAUAUUUGAUGUUAUAUUAUAUUAAGGAUAAUGUGAUAUAUAAGGCCAAGUGUCUACUAGUACUGGAGCAUCCUAAUGUCCUGACGCCUCCACCUUGAUGGAGAGAUGUCGGUUAUCCCUUGGGACAUUACCCGUGGUCGUGAUGUCCCAGGUGUUGACGUGGUUUGUUCGCCAAGGAGGAGUUGAGGACAUGCCGAGGCUGGAAGACUUCGAUGGGACCUCUUGGUUCUGUCGACUGCGCACCAUACUGGACUUGACAUCGUGGACAACACGUCCAGGAAACCACUCUCAUAAUUCCCUUGGCGUAUCUACGAAACAUUUGCCACUGCACCUACCUUGGAAUGAGUUGCAUAAAAUACAAAAGAUAUAUUGUUUAAUAUAUCGUACUCAUUGCCCCUUGGUACAGUGAUUGUUUCAUCCAAUAUCAUGGACCUGUAUUUCACUUAGCCAACCCACUGAGAAGGUGUAAUAUCGAUUUUGUUCAUGCUGCGUGCAUUUUAAGAGCUGUGUGUAUGUGAUGGGGCAGUAUUUGCCCAGCCUUCCCCAGGCACCACACACACUUGUAGCUGACCAGCCAGCAUAGAUGUGUGGUGCCAUUGAACGGAUGGGCAAAUACUGUCCCUCAUAUGCACAACUUACAAAUACCCAAGCUAAAUUGUCUAAGGUAGAUAGCAGAUAGUUCCCUUCCAAUGAUAGAAAAUAGAUUUGAAUUUUGCGACGUAUUUAUGCUAUUCCGGCCAGCUUUCACACUUUCAAUGGGCUUUGUGGGCCCUGCUUAAAGGUAUUUAUCAGCUUUUUAGCCCACAAGUUGUACUUCAAAUUCUGCUUAUUGUGGUAACCAGUUUUCUUUGGACAUUUCAAUCAAGAGAUUUUUGAUAAAUGACUCGACAGAUAUGGUCUAUUUUUGUUGCAAGUGCCAAGUUGAUGUUGUCCGAUAUAGAAAGAGCAAGCAACGUUGUAUGAUUAUAGCUCAAACGGAUAUUCUGAAAGCCACAAAUGUUGUGAGGGAAAUUCACUCUGAACGGCACCUGUAGGCUCAGAAACCAGGCUGAAUGUACGGUAAAAUGGUAAAAUUAUGGCACCAGUAGAAUUACCGCCUCUGUGUCCAUUAUUGUACUGUAAGCGAUCUUCACUCUGAAUGGCACCUGUAUGCUAUGCUCAGAAACUGGCCUGUAUUUAAGGUAAAAUGAUACACUUAUAGCACCAGUACAAUUACACUUACAGCCUCUGCCCAUGUUGUGAGAAUUCUUCAUUCUGAAUGGCACCUUUUUGCUCAGAAACUGGCCUGUAUUUGAGAUAAAAUGAUACAAUUAAAGCCCCGAUACAAAUAUAUAGCCUCUGUGUGCAUUGAAGUGUGCUGCCAGUUGUUUUAUACACUGUUGGGGCCUUAAUUGUACCCCUUUACCUUAGCUAAAUUAAAUAUUUUUGUUGGGAAUGCUAAAUCUUAUGUACAAUCAUAGCAGAAUAUGACUACACAUAAUGCACAAGGAGUUAUGUGAGAUUUUAUAAUGAAUAAACUAAAAUGAGCACA